AUGUCGCAUGGCGCAUCUCCUCUGGGAGAGAUACCACAGGUUGUCAGCUUCUUGAACUUGCAGCGGGAACCGGAUGACACGAGCACGCUGGCGAACGAUGUUCAGCAGACCUUCAACGGAACAGACAUGCACCGUUUGGUGCGCCCGGCCGUGGGCGUUGCAAGGGAAGAGGUGCGGACAAAGCCGAAGGCAACGUUCAUCCCUGUGCUCUCAGGGAAAACGGCCCCCGGCGACAAGGGCCCUCGGGAUGACAAUCUUCCGGAAUCGCCUGGGUACGAGCUGCAGCUGGAUGAGGAAGUGCUGGAAAGUGCCCACACAGCCCUCAUCCGGGAAGUGAGGAGCGGUAACGAUUUCCGGGUGCAGGAAAUCCUGCAAGUCACCCCUGCCAUAAGGAAGGACCUGCUACAGCGCAAGAAUGCCGAUGGGAAUACCGUCCUGCACUUAGCGGCCAAUGUACGGUCCAGCGAAAAGGGUGCUUUGGUCCUGUCCUACCUUCAGUACUCAAAAGCAGAGUUGGAGGCCAAGAACAUGCUUGGAGAGACCGCUCUCUUGUUAGCGGUGCGCCAAGCGCUGGGGGACGGAGCAAGGCCAGAGGCGCUGAAUCUCGUCUCGUGCCUCCUCAAGGGCCGCGCCGACCCAAACACCUCCGAGCUGCUAAACAAAGAGACUCCGCUCAUGGAAGCCGCGUGCUACGGGAGCAAGGCUGUGACCCAGUUGCUGCUGGACUUCCAGGCGGAUGUUGCUCAAACCACUGGCUCGGGCUCCACGGCGCUGGAUUUCGCCACGAGCGAGGGCCACAGUAGCCUGGCAAAGCUCCUUGAAGCGGCUCAAGCCCGGAAGGCGCGUCAGAAGUGCAAGACACCACUUUGGGAAGCUCCCUUCGCAACGACUAUGGGCUUUGACACCUGGUCCUCAGGGCCUCCAGGGCCGGCCCCUCCCGAGAUGCAGCCUGAGUUGCGGAAAGCCGCGCCGAAACCGACGGAGUCGGAGCGGCCCGGCUUUAUCCCCAGCAUUUUCGCUUCGGGCCAACAGAUCCGGAGCCGGAUCUUCAUGGCCAGUGGGGACGAGUUCACAGAGUUCACCAACGCCUACCGCGCCCAGCAGCCCCCAUCUGCAAAGCCACCAUCUUCCACGAAGGCACCACCCCGUCCCGAGGCCAAAAGCGUGUCUUCCGAGCACUUUGGGACGCUGGGGCUGCAACCGGGAGCAACGGUGGAGGACGUCCGUGCAGCCUACCGCAAGCUGGCGCUGCAGUACCACCCCGACAAGAACCAAGGGAGCCAAGAAGCGUCGGAGAAGUUCCGCCAGGUCAAGCGAGCCUACGAGUUUUUGCUUAGCGGCUCUUUCUCGAUCGCCUUCUUCGGUAACAGCUUGGUAGCCAUCGCUGCCGGGGAGGUGGGUCAGUUCACCGCCGACCUCAUCCCGUUGACACCCCUGGUGGGCAGCAUCCACUACGGCGGCUACACCGGGCCUUUCGUUGCAGCAAACUGCUUCCUUGUCCUCUGUCUGGGAUUGAUGAUCUCCACAUGGUCAGAGAAUUUCGGUCAGACCGCGAAG